AUGUUUACCAAUACUUCUAAGUCAUCGAAUUCGAAUCUAAUUUUAGAGAUUCAAAAUCCAAAUCAGGAAUAUCAACCUGAUAACGACGAGAUGGUUAACGUUAAUGAACUGAAUGCAGAGCAACGUCAAGAACUUGCUCAACUUCGUCAAGAACUCAUCGCAGCUCGCGUACAAGCUGCUACACUCGAGGAAAGACUCAUUCAUAAAGAUAUCCAAAUCCAGGCUCGAGAUGCUCAAAUCCAGGCACGAGAUGCUCAAAUCCAGGCACGAGAUGCUCAAAUCCAAAAGCUCGAGAGACAUAUUCAAAGCAUGUACAUUCUAUCACCAGGAUUUGUUUUGUUCCUAUUAGCGAUUGUUUUGUUUAGGAAAAAUUAA